GCCCCGACCCGCGGCCAGGACCAGCCUCCCAGCGGCGCGCAGCCUUCCGGAAGCCCCGCGGCGGCGGAGAGCGGCGCCAUGGCCAAGAACACGGCGAUCGGCAUCGACCUGGGCACCACCUACUCGUGCGUGGGCGUGUUCCAGCACGGCAAGGUGGAGAUCAUCGCCAACGACCAGGGCAACCGCACGACCCCCAGCUACGUGGCCUUCACGGACACCGAGCGGCUCAUCGGGGACGCCGCCAAGAACCAGGUGGCCCUGAACCCGCAGAACACCGUGUUCGACGCGAAGCGGCUGAUCGGCCGCAAGUUCGGCGACCCUGUGGUGCAGGCCGACAUGAAGCUUUGGCCGUUCCAGGUGGUGAACGACGGCGACAAGCCCAAGGUGCUGGUGUCCUACAAGGGCGAGAGCCGGGCCUUCUACCCCGAGGAGAUCUCGUCCAUGGUGCUGACCAAGAUGAAGGAGAUCGCCGAGGCCUACCUGGGCCACCCGGUGAGCAACGCGGUGAUCACGGUGCCCGCCUACUUCAACGACUCGCAGCGCCAGGCCACCAAGGACGCGGGCGUGAUCGCGGGCCUGAACGUGCUGCGGAUCAUCAACGAGCCCACGGCGGCCGCCAUCGCCUACGGGCUGGACCGCUCGGGCCGGGGGGAGCGCAACGUGCUCAUCUUCGACCUGGGGGGCGGCACGUUCGACGUGUCCAUCCUGACGAUCGACGACGGCAUCUUCGAGGUGAAGGCCACGGCGGGCGACACGCACCUGGGCGGGGAGGACUUCGACAACCGGCUGGUGAGCCACUUCGUGGAGGAGUUCAAGCGCAAGCACAAGAAGGACAUCAGCCAGAACAAGCGCGCGGUGCGGCGGCUGCGCACGGCGUGCGAGCGCGCCAAGCGGACGCUGUCGUCCAGCACGCAGGCCAGCCUGGAGAUCGACUCCCUGUUCGAGGGCAUCGACUUCUACACGUCCAUCACGCGCGCGCGCUUCGAGGAGCUGUGCUCGGACCUGUUCCGCGGCACGCUGGAGCCCGUGGAGAAGGCGCUGCGGGACGCCAAGCUGGACAAGGCGCAGGUCCACGACCUGGUGCUGGUGGGCGGCUCCACCCGCAUCCCCAAGGUGCAGAAGCUGCUGCAGGACUUCUUCAACGGGCGCGACCUGAACAAGAGCAUCAACCCCGACGAGGCGGUGGCCUACGGGGCGGCGGUGCAGGCGGCCAUCCUGAUGGGGGACAAGUCGGAGAACGUGCAGGACCUGCUGCUGCUGGACGUGGCGCCGCUGUCGCUGGGGCUGGAGACGGCGGGCGGCGUGAUGACCGCGCUCAUCAAGCAGCGCAUGGUGCAGGAGGCCGAGCGCUACAAGGCCGAGGACGAGGUCCAGCGCGACAGGGUGGCCGCCAAGAACGCGCUCGAGUCCUACGCCUUCAACAUGAAGAGCUCGGUGGAGGACGAGGGCCUCAAGGGCAAGAUCAGCGAGGCCGACAAGAAGAAGGUGCUGGACAAGUGCCAGGAGGUCAUCUCGUGGCUGGACGCCAACACGCUGGCCGAGAAGGAGGAGUUCGUGCACAAGCGGGAGGAGCUGGAGCGGGUGUGCAACCCCAUCAUCAGCGCGCUGUACCAGGGGGCCGCGGGGGCCGCCGGGGCCGCCGGGCCCGGGGGCUUCGGGGCCCAGGGGCCCAAGGGCGGCUCCGGGGGCUCGGGGCCCACCAUCGAGGAGGUGGAUUAGAGGCCCGUCCCUGCCCUCCCGCUGUCCUCCGGGGGGCGGACUGCUGGCUCCUGAGGGCCGGCCGAGCGCUGGGUGUUGUCAAGUUCGUUGCUGAGUUUAUUUUAAAGUUCCAGCCUUUCGUAAGGAAACUGAGCUGCCUUUGUUAAAUUCUGAAUGCUUCUGUUCUUCACAUUCAAGUGGCUGUCGGCAGCCUCUCUGUAGAGCGCAAGGGGAUUUUGCUCUCAUACCUAAUGAUGGGUAUUAAGUCUUUAGUAUUUUUGGGUUUUGUACCAGUGUUCAGUGGCCUGGGAACUCAUCGCCUCAGGGGUGGUUCUUCUUCAGAGCAGCUGGAGUCGAUAUACUCGCUCCCCUUCACCACACUCAGCCUUGAGACACACUGUUACCUAACUGUAGUCUACUGUGCUCGAAACUUGAGCUAUCUGCUUGUCCCUCUUAAAGAGUUUUGUGAUGUAACCCGCAUGUUCUUUGCAUUUAAUCUAAGAACUGUAAAGCUGGCAUUUUCCUUCCAGCAAAAGAAUCAACACUGCCACCCUGUGUAGACUUUUUUCUCUGCAACCCUACAAGUAAAAAACAAUUUGUUACCUAAAUAUUCACAAAUAAAGUGUUACAGCUAUG